AUGGAAAAGUCUAAGAAAGCUACCAGGCUCAGUGCCUACGACGCCAUGGUGCCUCAACACCGCCCAGACACUCCUCCCGAAACCAGAGAACACAUCGAGUGGACUUCCCGAGUGCUCAUGGAUCACCAAGUAACUUCUUUGAAGGCUAAGCAGGUGUUGUCGAGUGUAAAGAAGACGAAGCGCAAAAUGACACACGACAUUGCUGAAGCAGAGAAGGUCAUUGCCAAGUGGGAUAACUACAACUCCAAUCUUAAGAAGGCUUGUACCAGCCUUAACCAAAGAGUAGUUGUUGCUGAAAAAGAGGACCAAGAUCUUAAGGAGAAGUUUUAUGCUGAAAUGAUCAAAAGACUUCACUACAGAAGUCCGACUAAGUGCUCCAUUGUGAAGAGAAGGCCUAAAUUUGCUUUAAGCACAAAGAAAACUAGCAAAAGUUUUGCUAAUUAAUAGCGGUUAUUAGUAAUAUAGC